AUGAUGAAAUGUCAACGUCUUCAGGCCGGCUGGUCGGCCGACGCCCGGCGAAAGUGGGGCCGUGAUCCUCACACACUUACAGCCUCUGUUUCGAGAAGCCAACGCAACCCGAGGCUUUUCAAUAUUUCCUGCACCCGAGUCUUUUCAGCAUCACCACCAGUCACCCACAAUCACACAACACACGCAAUGGCCGCCGCCGUAGCCGUGCCCCGGGGCGACGUCUCCGCCAACCUCAACUACUACCAGCCGCCCGCCGACGACUCGGCGCCCUACAACAACAUCGACGCCAAGCCCCCGCUGCCGGACCGCAACUACUCGGACGUCGUACAGCCGACCACCAUCCACGACAUCCGCGGCCGCGAGGCCGACUUCUCCCUCGACCGCGACGCCUUCCAGGUUGUGCAGGGCGUGCCGCCGUCCGCCGAGGCGUCCUUCACCGACGACGCCUCCAUCGCGGCCAACUACUACCCCGAGGUCGAGCAGCUGCUCCUGUCGCACAUCCCCGGCGCGCAGAGGGUCUUCAUCUUUGACCACACGAUCCGCCGGUCCGACCCCGACGCGAGCCGUGGGCCCGUCAACCGCGUGCACAUUGACCAGACGGCCAGGUCGGUCGAGCAACGCGUGCGGCGCUACUUUGGCGAGACCGGCGAGGCCGACGCCCUCCUCAAGGGCAGGUACCGCCUCGUCAACGUCUGGCGCCCGCUCAACAAGGGGCCGGUCGAGAGCAACCCGCUGUCGUUUGCGUCGACGGCGACUGUCGACGACGGCGACGUCGUCCCGGUCCAGCAUCGAUACAGCAGCGGCUACACGGGCGAGACGGCCGCCGUCCGGUACAACCCGCGCCAGAAGUGGUACUACCUCAGCGGCAUGACGGGCAGCGAGCGCCUGCUGCUCGAGUGCUUCGACAGCGAGUCCCUCAAGCCCGGCACCGGCAUCGGCGGGCGCGCGCCGCAUACCGCCUUUGCGGACCCCAGGACGCGCGUCGACGCCGAGGGCCGCGAGAGCAUCGAGGUCCGCACGCUGGUCUUUGGACCUUGA